UGCACAGCUACUCCUCCAAUUCGGCUCCGGCAUCCAUCUCUUUCUCCAUUCCUCAACCGCCACCACCCCACGCCUCUCUCCCACACCCCCACCUCUCACUCUCUCAUGGCCUAUGAAUCCCCGCCUCACUCCUCCCUCAAACUUUCACAGAUUGACUUCGCCGCCAAUUACCACCGUCCCCCCCCCCGCUCUUGACAGAACCGUACCACCCCCGCCCUCGACAGAAAAGUAGGAUUACUCCUUCACUCCUUUACUCUCUCAAGCAACGGCAGAUCAGGAGGACUGUGGGUGAUGCUAAUUUCGUGCAUCGGUGUACGAGGUAUCCGAGUAUCUUCACAACAAAAUAUUGAGGUUAUGUUUUUUGUCUCUCUUGCAUGUUAUGUAGUGUUUUUAAUUAGACAGAUUGCCAACUUAAGCUGACAGGUGGAUUAAUAUCAGUGGGUCCAACAGAUUGUUCACGACACGCGAAGUACGGGGUAAAAUUCCAUUCACUUCGUUUUCACUUGCAAUGGCCAUUGUACGCAUCUAUCGAACAGAACCUGAGAACCAUUGCUAAACCCUUCCCUUCCAUUUCUCAAAACCCUAAUUUCUAGACGUAAAUCAAACAAAUUCCCAAUAAAAAUGUUGAGAAGAAGGCUAUCGCUAUUAAUCGCAACCUCAAUCCACAACGGUUCUUCAAUCCACGCCAAACCCACGUCAAUCACCCCACGGUUACUUCCAUCACCACCACCUCCUUCGCAUUUCUUGCAAAGUUCGAAUUUUACCCCUCAUUCCCAUGUGGGUAUUUUGGGGCAUGAUCUGAAUCUGGGUUUGAGGGCUUACAGCAUUCUGAGUUGAAUGAUUUGAGAGACAACAAAGGUGCUAGAAAGAAGAAGAAGGAAGGGUCGGGGGAUUGGGUCAGGCAAGGGGAAGACUGCUGGAAGGGGUCAUAAGGGGCAGAGGGCGAGGGGGACUAUGAAAUUUGGGUUUGAAGGGGGGCAGACUCCGAUGCGGCGGACGAUGCCGAAAAGGGGGUUUAAGAACCCCUUUAGCCUCACGUCUCAGUCCGUGGGACUAGGAAAGAUUGCGAAACUGAUAAAUGCAGGGAAGAUAGAUUCAUCAGAGUUGAUCGCGAUGAAAACUCUUAAGGAUUCUGGAGCCAUCGGGAAGCAGAUAAGAGAUGGUGCCAGAUUAAUGGGACGAGGUUCUGAACAUAUAAAGUGGCCUAUUCAUCUGGAGGUUUCCAGGGUGCCUAUUAGGGCAAAGGCGGCAGUUGAAACCGUUGGAGGGUCUGUGAGGAGAGUGUACUAUAACAACUUGGGCUUCAGGGCACUGCUCAAGCCCGAAUGGUUCGAGAAAAAGGGCAGGUUGCUGCCAAAAGCAGCGCCUCCCCCAAAACAGAGAGAUAAAGUUGAUAGCAUUGGAAGACUCCCUGCGCCCACAAAGCCAAUUCCUUUUACACCAGAGGAGAUAGAAGUGAUGUCCGCAGCACCUGUUUCUUGAACCUGAUUUCGAUUUUGUAGAAAAUUGAUGAAAUCGUCUUGUAAACGGAUUUUGUUCUGAUGUUAUUUUAAGUUGCACUUGUGAUGCAUGCUGAAAAGUUUAUGUCAGUGUGUUGGGAAAGAUGUAUGUUUGAUUAGGCCAGUGCCAUUUGGAGGCCAAACAGAAGGAAGCUCUCAAUUUUUUUCUUCUUAUUUUCGUAGAACUAAAAA